GCCAGCCAGACGUAUCCGAAACGCGUGUCGCGUCGCCGCCCGAAAAACUGGGGAAAGCCAGAAAAUCUAAAGCUCUCAGAAAUAUCGUAACCAAGAGAAUCGGACCAAGUUAAAGCCAAACGAAGCGAGGCGAAGUGUGCGUAGAUUCCGGAGAAUCGGAAGAGGAAUCGGAAUCGGAUUCAGAUUUGGUAUAGGAGUCGGACUCGAACGCGAACUCGGGACUCGGACAGCGGAAGUUCUGCUUGGAGAGUGGAGGAGCAGCGUCGUGACCGAGUUGUAUGUCAUCCCCCCCGAACCCAAACACAACCCACACCUUGUAAACAAAAAACCUAAAACGAAAUGAAAACCCCAGAAACAAGUAACUGAAAACGUGCCAACGUGACCAACAACGUUGCUCCUUUUUGGCCAAGCGAUUAGAGGCCACUCUGGCUCGGAAUGUAAUCCUCAUUUAGUGCUAAUUUCCAUUACGGCUGCGUACUUACUAUAUGCAUAUAACAUUUAUAUCUAACCGAAACCAACUGCCGCUCCAGACAUCAUCGCAUCCGCUCUCUAACCCCCUUCGAUCUGGGCUGCUCCCUGGGGGCAGCACGCGGUCCAUGGAACUAUGCUCGGAACCAUCACUACACCUACUACUCCAACGGCGUCAUCUGAAUACCUAACACCCCGAGAUAAGACCUGCAGAUCUGCAGAUUAAUCCCAAAGCCAAAAACUUAAACAAAUUGCAUCUUAAACUACCCAAAGUCUGUGUGUGUGUGUGUGUGUGAGUGCGUGUGUGGUUGUGUGUGUUAUGUCUGUAAAUCUGGUUCGUUCGUUGUUGUGCCCGUAAUAAUACACCACACCCGCCACCGCCGCCGCCGCCUGAAAACGCUAACGAUCAUGCAUAAACCAAAGCUAGCGAAUGCUAUAACCGCCGCCGCCAUUGCCUCAUCCAUAUCCACCAACAACAACAACGGCAGCAGCAAGCACAACAGUGCCGGCAGCCAGUCGAAGCGGGCACGCCAGUUUGGCAUCGGCAUUGGCCACCCAUCGAGCCUCCGGCCGGACGACUCCGGCUUCGACCACCUCGACCACUCGUCACUAAUUGGGGAUUCGAUUGAUUUAGAACACUACAUCAGCGCGAUGGAGGCCAGAAGGCACGACCAGGAGCCGGAUGUGUGGGCCCAGCUGCAGCAGAAGGAGUCGGACAUUUUGCUGGCCGCCGAGCUGGGCAAGGCAUUGCUGGAGAAGAACGAGGAGCUGGUGAAGCAGCAGGAGAAGCUCAUUGAGGACUAUUCAACAAAAAUUGAGAAACUCGAGCAGGAGAAGCAUGUGCUGCGUCAGAAGCUGGCAAUAGCCGAGGACGAGAGCGACCAGCGCGUCCUUGAGCUGCAGUCCGAUCUCAACGAGCUGAAGGAGAAAUUGCAGACGCAGGACACAGCCAUCCGGCAGGCGGAGAAGGAGAAGACCAUCCUCAUCGAUGAGCUGCAGCACCAGAACACACGGCUCACGGAACAGAUCCAGGAGGCGCAUGCCACCGAGCUGAAGCUCAGUGCCCAGAUCCAGGAGCUGAAGGACCAGUAUCACUACAGGAAUAGCAGCCUGCAGGAACAUGUCAACAGCCUGGAGUCCAUCAAAACAGAACUCAACCUCACCACAGGCAAGCGGCAGGAGCUGGAGCGUCGCCUGCAGCAUGCCCAGGAGGAGAAGGAGAGCCUGACCUCGUCGCUAGAGGAGGCCUCCGACCGAAUCCACAUGCUGGAGCGCCAUGCCCGCGAGCAGGAAACCAAAUUAGAGACCACCUUACAAGCAUUGGAACGCUCCCAGCGCGAAAAUAAUGUACUCAGUGAACGUUUGGGUGCCGAUACAAAUUCGAGCACGCCGGGCAAAAAGAGUCUGCAGUUUGAAAUGGAGUGCGACGAGGACGAUGGCAGCUAUACGGAAACGGGGAAGCCCAACCAUAUGUGGGUCGAGGCCAGAUCGGUCUAUAUACAGCUUAAGUCUUUGGUGGACUCGCUAAAAGUGAGCCACGAUGACGACUCAGGUCUCAACUCUGACAUAUCGCUGGAGCUGGAGUCAAUGGACAACACCAUCUCAAGCUCAGAGCGCAACGAGGAUGGUCACAUGGCCAUCGAGUUCCGCCAAGGCAUGCUGUCGGCCAUGUCUGACGAGCUGACCCGGCUGCUGCUCAACCUGGAUGCAGGUAAUUUCAAGAAGAUGCUGGACCAAACGCGCAAUUUAGUCCUGGAGCAGGAGGACGAGAUCAAGCGCAGCCACCAGCUCAUACAGCAGCUAGAGGCCAAGGUCACCGUGACGGAUGUGGAGCUGCAGAACGUAAAGGAAGAGCGAGAUCAGGCGCGUGGCGAUCUCGAGGACACCACCGAUCGGGACGAGCUGCUGUCCAAGGCGCAGACAGAGCGUGAUGCGGCCAACAGCCGUCGCACCAAGGCCGAGGUGGAGCUGGCCAAGACGCGGGUGGAGCUUAUGCAGGCCAACAGCCAGCUGCUGGAGUCCAUCCAGCAGAAGGUUGAGCUGUCGCAGCAACUGGAACAGUGGCAGAUGGACAUGCAGGAGCUGAUUGACGAGCAGAUGCGCUCCAAGCUGAUCAACAAUCGACGGGCGCUGGCCGCCGAAUCGUCUGCCCCAUCGCCGCCCAGCAGUGCCGCCGCCAAUCUGGCCAAGCGCGUGUCCAGCUAUAAGCUCUGGAGCUUAUUUCAGCGGUAAUUGGACGCCGAACCUUACCGCCCGCUGGAAGGUGUACGCCACCCUGAUCUUCUUGAUGUAGGACACGGCGCGAAGCUAUAUAUUUUUAAUAUUUAUAUUUAUAAACAAACACAGACACACACAAAUCGAAGGAGAGCGAAUUGUACUUAAUUGUUAUUUGUAAACUGAAGCUGAAGCAUCAUCGCCCUUCUCCUUCUUCUGUUCGUAGUGAAAUCUUUCUAAUUACGCUUUAUUAAUUUUAAAUACUUACCGCAUAUUCGAUAUGUUUAUUGUACCUACUUGUAAUUAAUGUAAUCUUAAACGAACUCGUACUCGUACCUAUGUCUAAGCAGCGUCUCUCUACUUUAUUAGUGACCACAUAUGGACCUCACAAGUAACCCUCCAGGAAAGCUAUAUACACUUGGUAUAAGGAUUACUUGUUGGGUCCGUUUUGGGCCUUAACUUGUUAACUGAUAAUCAAAAAAACAAAAAAUUGAAACAUAUCGCGCCUUUAUUUUUGGGUGAAGUGCUUGAAAAGCCUUCUCCUUUCUCGGAAGAAACUGUUGGCGAUUCAUUGAAACAUUAUAAAUAAAAAAAAAGGAAAUCAAAAUCUGUACGUAAGUGAAAAAAAAGUAAUGUGUAAGAGCAAGGCAUUUAUGUUAAUAGCGUUAAAGAAUUAUUCAUUAUGCUGGCAAUGGAAAGGAGCGCAGGAAUUGUUUAAAGAAAACACAAAAAAAAACUGUGCAACAGACACAAAACUUGCCUUAAUUGAACGGACAAUGAAAUUUUAGAUUGUUUAAAUAAAACAUAACUUACCAAUAAACUUA